AUCGGCCGCAUGUCGCAGCCCGCAGCUUUGCGCGGAUAAACAGCAGCUGUGAGCCGCAGAGCAACAAAAAAAGGAAACUCAAGGACAAAAAGAAUCCCAACAGACGACUUUAAAAGGAAAUAAUCUUUCAUCCGUGCAUCCAGCAGUUAAUCUAAAAGACUUUAACGAUCUUAACCCCCCGGUCGGAGCACCAUCGCCUCCGUGAAGCUGCGUAAAUACCCGGAGUGUUUUUUUUGUUUUCCGCACAGACGCAGACGGCUCCUCCUGCUCAGCAGCGGCCUCCAUUUUAGCUCCUUGCCCGGUCGGUGCCUCACGUGUCCUGGACUGUCUUUCUCACAUGACCCGUGUGUUUGUCCCCGUGAUCAGCGCUUCCAUCUCCGUAAAUCAGUGUCGUUGAAUAUCGGCGUUUUACACCCGCAAAAGCUUCAUGGAUAUGCUGGAGCAGAGUCUGGACAGCUCGGCGAGUCACGACAAACAGGAAACAGAAGAGGUGGUGCAGUUACAGGAAGGAGAGGCGGUGGGGACGGAGGAGCAGACUGCAGUGACCAUCACCGGUGUCCCGCAGGCUGCGUUCGCUGACAAUGUGCAGUACCAGUUCCGCACAGAGAACAGCGGAGGACAGGUGACCUAUCGUGUGGUUCAGGUGACAGACGAUCAAUUAGAAGCAACAGCUGAUGGCACUGGAGCUGUCAGCGUCGUCUCCACUGCAGCGUUUGCUGGAGCCCCUCAGGCAGUGGCACAGGCUGUUAUCCAGAACCCUUUCAGUAAUGGGGGCAGUCCUGGCGGUGAGACUGUGGGAGGAGAGACACGUUUCGCUUAUUUCCCUGCCGCCACCGUCAGCGAUGGAACGGCCGUGUCCGUGCAGGCCACCGCCGACCCAACGAUAGCACAGGCAGGAGGCCAGUUUUACGUGAUGAUGAGCCCCCCUGAGGUGCUACAGACGACAGCUCCUCGUACCAUCGCACCACGCACACACACCUACACUGCAGACCUUGGUGAAAGCGAGAUGUUGCAGCAUGGCAGUUCAAACUGGAAGGUGGAGGGUCCUCGGGCGCCAAGAGAUGAGAGGCGAAGAGCACAACACAAUGAAGUGGAGAGAAGAAGAAGAGACAAGAUUAACAACUGGAUUGUCACACUUUCAAAAAUCAUCCCUGACUGUAGCAUAGACAGCAGAACUGGAGCGAGUAAAGGAGGCAUCCUGUCCAAAGCUUGUGACUACAUCCGAGAGCUGCGCCAGAGUAACCAGCGACUGCAGGAGAGUUACAAAGAGGUGGAGCGAGUGGAGAUGGACAACGACCUGCUUAGACAACAGAUUGAGGAACUGAAGAAUGAUAAUGCACUGCUUCGAGCACAGCUACAGCAGCACGGUGUAGAAGUCAAUGGAGAUGCAACACCACAGUGAUUGUGGACUGGACACUUGUAACAUCACAAACACAAUGUCGCAUCCUCCCACCCACCUGAACAAUACCAGGAAAGGAAUAACAAUGAGACAAUUUCCAUCUGAAAUCGGACCACACAAACACACACAGGGCUCGAGACGAACACUGAAGGAUUGUAAACGCCUCCUCCACCUCCAGCUGUUGAAGGCUGAAUGCUCUGAAAUCCGUUAACUGUGUAGCUAACUGAACCUCUCACCUCUGCUUCAAGGAAUACAACCUCUGCACAGCACCACCACACUUGCACCAAACUUUCUUUUUACUUUAAAUUAUGAACCUGCCAUUGAAAAUCUAUUUUUAAUGAUUUCACCUUUUUAUUGUACCGCAAAGUUGUCCUACUUCCUUUGUUUUGUUGACAUUUGUUGUGUUUGAAACUACUUAAUGUUAAUAAUAGCUCCCAUUUAAUUUUUAUUUAUUAGUGUUUAAGAAAUGCGUACAUGGAAAGAAAAGCUGAUUCCAGGAUAUACUUUUUCCAGCAACAAACAUAAUGGGCAAAUUUUGAUUAUGCUCAUCGCUGUUGCGAUGGAUAGUUUUACUGUCAUAGGAUCAUGUGUAUAUGUAGCUGAUCUGUGUGCAAUUUGAGGUAACGUUUUUUAAUUUCUGCCUCUUUACACUGACACUCCAAGCACCAGGCAGAGCUCACAAACAAAAUCCAAUGUCAGUAAAUAAAAAAUAUAUAAAAACUUUUCUGACGGUCAAAGUAAAAGCAGCUUGAUAGCACAGGCAUGGAGGUUUUAUUUUUAGCGCAAGGCCUUAAUAGGAGCCUGUUGGAGAAUUUAGGUGUUAACAUAGCUCAGGUAAUUGGGAUAGUGCACUGGGAAGUGGUUCCUGGACUCAAUGAAGUCUCUACAGUUAGAUCUCUCUUGUGUCCCCGCUAGGUGCAAUGUACAGAUAAAUGAGAAUGACAUGAUUUUCAUGGUGGGAAUCAUUUAACGGGCAUUAAAAUGUGGUUGGUUUGUAUAUCUGCUUAAUAGGUCACUGGUGUGAUGCACUGAAAUAGAGGUUCAGUCAUGAGAGGUCUUGGUUUGAGACCGGCCUGUUUGGCCCACUAGUCCUGCUGCAUUUUAGUGGACACCUGAGGUGCUUUUUUUUUUUUUUGCAAUUUUCCCUAACUCUUUGAAACUUUGGGAACCUUUGCUGCUGACAGAAGACCGUAAAACAACCUUGGUCGGGAAUGUGCUGAGGGUAGUUUGAACGCGAGUGAUGAUAGUUGUAACUAACCAGCUUUUGUCUACACUGAAAGUCACCACAGCAUGGAAAUAUAACCACUGGCAUGACUAAUUCUGAUACUACAAUAAAACAGAAGUGUUUAUA